UAAAGCCCGACGACACAAACUCUUAACAAAACCUUCCCUUUGAUUCGGUAUUAUUAUUAUCAUUUCUUACAAACAAAACUUUACAUUUCCCAUUUUCUCAACCAUUUCAAGAACCAUAAAAACAGACGCCAUGGAAGCAGUAGACAAGACAAAAAUGGGGUUCGAGGAGACUGAGCUGAGGUUAGGGUUACCAGGAAAUAAUGGUGGAGCGAGCGAAGCAGAGGUGGCAAGAAAGAGAGGCUUCUCUGAGACAAUGGAUUUGAAGCUUAAUCUUUCUUCCAAGGACCCUGGGAUCGAUCCAAACGACAACACCAACAAUUUACAUAGACUCCAGAAUCUUCUUGCUGCUGAUCCAGCAAAGCCCCCAGCUAAGGCACAAGUAGUGGGUUGGCCUCCAGUGCGAUCCUUCCGAAAGAACAUGUUAUCUGUGCAAAAGAGCAGCACCGAGGACUGUGAGCAGAAGCUAGGCAGCAAUGGCAAUGCAACCUUCAUCAAGGUUAGCAUGGAUGGGGCACCUUACCUCCGAAAAGUAGACUUAAAGAUGUACAAGAGCUACCAGGAGCUCUCUGUUGCCCUAGGAAAGAUGUUCAGUUCUUUCAGCACAAUAGGAAAUUGUGGAUCCCAAGGAAUGAGAGAAUUCCCGAAUGAGAGCAAGCUCAUUGAUCUUCUUAAUGGCACUGACUAUGUCCCAACUUAUGAAGAUAAGGACGGUGACUGGAUGCUAGUGGGUGAUGUCCCAUGGGAGAUGUUUGUUCAAUCAUGCAAACGGCUGCGUAUAAUGAAAGGAACGGAGGCAACUGGACUUGUUGGAAUCUCAGCACCAAGAGCCAUGGAGAAACGCAAGAACAGAAGCUAAAGUGGUGAUGGAGCAACCAGAGCCUGCUCUAUGGAUCUAAAUGUAAAGCGGGAAUAGCAAGGCAAGUGAAAUUGAACAGAAGCUCGCUUGCAGAUGGAUAUACUGAGCAGGUUGUUAAUUAGGGCUGUUUCUGUAUUAAUUAUAAUGGUUUGUUAUAUAUAUAAUUAAUGUAUAAUAUUAAUAUGUAUUGUGAGACAGUACUAGUACUUGAGUAUUAUUUGCUGUGGACAUGGAACAAUAAUGGCUUUUUUUAAGUUCUAAGACUUGGUUA